AUGGAGUUUAAGUCUUCAAAAUCUGUUGACGGUAUUACACAAGUCUACGUUAAGGCUACGAAACUGAAUGAACCUGUCCAUUGGUUCCCACCUUAUAUAUGGCAAGGUCUAAAAACAGAAGUAGAUGAAGAUAACCCCUAUAUUAUAAGUAAAACACAUACGUCUGAAUACCUAGGAAAUAAUUUAGAGUCGGCUUGGAAUAAAGAAUUAGAAAAACCUAGACCAUCUUUAUUAAAAGCUUUGUUUGCAGUCUUCAAGUACGAAAUUAUCGCAGCCGCAUUUCUAAGGUUUUUUCUUGACUCCAUCAAGAUUACUCAGCCUAUUCUAAUAUCAACUCUGGUUUCCUAUUUUCGAGCCCAAGCUGACGACGUGGUUCAAUCACAUAUUUAUAUAUGUGCUUGCUUGUUAGUUCUCUCAUCAUUCAUACAAGUAAUUUGUAUCCAUCAAAAUAUGUUAUUGGUAUUAACGCUAGGCAUGAAAAUUAGGAUAGCAGCAUGUGCUCUAGUGUACAGAAAGGCACUCAAAUUAACUAAAAGUGCAAUCGGAGUAACUACUGUAGGACAGAUGGUUAAUUUAUUGUCAAAUGAUGUUGAAAGAUUCGACUUCUGUUGUCAAUUCAUUCAUCUUUUAUGGCUUGCACCUUCUGAAAUUAUUAUAGCCAUGGUUUUACUGUAUAUUUUAGUUGGACCUACUGGACUAGUAGGAUGUAUUUUCCUUUUAGCGUUCGUGCCCUUCCAGCCUUACAUGGCAAAACUAGUCUCUCAAUACAGAUUAAAAACUGCAAUUUGUACAGACGAGAGGAUGAGAUUAAUGAACGACAUUAUAGCUGGAAUUCAAGUAAUUAAAAUGUACACAUGGGAAAAACCUUUUACUAAAUUAGUAGAGUCUGUUAGAAGGAGAGAAAUCGAACAAAUAAGGCUGAUUUCGUCAGUGCGCGCAAUUAUGUUGGCUUUAAGUAUGACUUUAGGACGACUUUCCAUGUUAUUGUGUGUAUUAACUUACGUACUCUCUGGCAACACUUUAAAUGCUUAUUAUGUAUUCACUGUAGCAUCAUUCUAUGGGUUUUUAAGGAAUUCUGUCAUUUUAUUGUUUCCUCAAGCCGUUAUACAAGUAGCAGAAGCUAGGGUUUCCAUAUCAAGGAUUCAGUCAUUUCUAUUACACGAAGAAGUUGAUGCAAAUAAUGAUCAAGAUGCAAUAAAAAAUAUAAUAAAUGAUGUUAUGGAAGAUGCAGAAGCCAGUAAGGGAGAGGGUGAUGUGGGAAUUCUGAUUAAAAACGCUGCUGUGAAAUGGGAGCUUUCAUCAACAGAGCAUUUACUGAAAGAUGUAAACUUUGAAGCCACUUCCAAUCAACUAGUUGCUCUAGUUGGACCAGUAGGUGGAGGCAAGUCAACGCUCCUUCAAGUUAUUUUGAGAGAGAUUAUACCUUAUCGAGGUACAGUUAAAGUAAAUGGAACUAUGUCGUAUGCAUCACAAGAACCCUGGAUAUUUGGUGGAAGUAUAAAGCAAAAUAUACUCUUUGGACAGCCUUUUGAUCGAAUAAAAUACGAAGAGGUCAUUAGGGUAUGUGCUCUAGAAAGAGACUUCGUAUACCUACCCUAUGGAGAUAACACUUUUGUUGGAGAAAGAGGCUGUAAUUUAAGCGGGGGACAAAAAGCUCGAUUAAACUUAGCAAGAGCAGUAUACAAAGAUGCAGAUAUUUAUCUGCUUGACGAUCCGUUGUCGGCAGUUGAUAGUGCAGUAGGCAAGCAAUUAUUCAAUAAUUGUAUCAACGGAUAUUUGAGGAAUAAAUGUGUUGUGUUAGUAACGCAUCAAGUGCAAUACCUACAUUCCACCAAUUAUAUUUAUUUAUUAGAAGAGGGGACACUUAGAUCACCAAGUACGUAUCAUAUUAUGAAAGCUAGUGACAGAACAUUCAUCAAAUUACUGGAAACUGCGAAAAUGGAAGAAAAAAGAGAUCACUCUUUACAAACACAAGAAACUGAACCGCAAGUUAUUCAGAUUUCGAAAGAAGAAAGAGCUACUGGAGCAAUUUCCAGCAGAGUUUAUACAAGUUAUUUCAGAGCAGGCGGACAUUGGACGAAAACUUUGGCGUUGUUAUGCGCUUUCAUUGCUGCACAAGUUUUUUCUAGUUUAACCGAUGUCUUCUUAACAAUAUGGGUUAAUACUGAACAAUCUAGAGCGGAAGAAAAAAUUAAACAUGAAUUUUGGAAUCGAUUACUCAGCAUUGAAAUAUCAUUGUUCAUAUAUAUUUCGUUGAUAGUUUUUACAGUGAUAUUCUCAAUAAUUAGAUCUAUAGCUUUCUUCAAUUAUUGCAUAAAAGCUUCUAUCAGAUUACACAGCACUAUGUUUACGAAAGUAAUUCAUUCUCCGAUGUCUUUUCAUAAUUCGAAUCCAUCUGGAAGGAUAUUGAAUAGGUUUUCGAAAGAUAUUGGAUCUUUGGAUGAAACAUUACCGACGUGCAUGCUUGAUACACUAGGCAUUGGCUUGAUAGUUUUGGCAAUAAUUAUUGUGAUUGGUGCCAUAAAUCCCUAUAUCCUCUUCCCAACAUUGAUUUUAUUAGCGAUGAUGUAUUAUAUUAAACAAGCCUUUUUAGUGUCAAGUAGAAACAUCAAACGCCUGGAAGCUGUAACUCGCAGCCCUAUAUACAGUCACCUAACAGCCACUCUGCAAGGAAUAACAACGAUUAGAGCUUUUGGAGCAGAGGCAAUCUUAGUCCAGCAGUUUGAUAAGUUACAAGACAAAUUCACUUCAGCUUUUUAUAUGUUUCUAACGGCUAGUAGGGGAUUUGGAUUUUGGUUAGAUGUACAUUGUGUCGUGUAUAUGGCUUUGAUUAUUAUUAGUUUACUUUUUAUUCAAAAAGAAACAUUUGGAGGCAAUGUUGGUCUAUCUUUGACACAAGCUAUAACCUUGGCAGGUUUAUUUCAAUGGGGGAUCAGACAAUGGAGCGAAUUGGAAAACCAAAUGACGUCAGUGGAAAGAGUACAAGAAUAUGCUGACCUUCCCACUGAGCAAGAUUCCCUCAGAAUUGAUCCGCGGAAGUAUUGGCCUGAAAGAGGUCAAAUUAAAUUCGAGAACGUUUUCCUCAAAUAUGCACCUGAUGAGUCUUGUGUACUCAAUAAUCUGAAUUUUGAUGUCAAAUCAUCAGAAAAAGUUGGCAUUGUAGGAAGAACUGGAGCGGGAAAAUCAAGUAUAAUUCAAGCACUUUUCCGAUUAGCUCAUAUAGAUGGAAAAAUCUUAAUCGAUAAUAUAGAUACGGGUGUUAUUAAAUUAGAAAAGUUGAGAUCAAAAAUAUCUAUCAUUCCUCAAGAGCCCAUAUUAUUUUCAGGUACAUUAAGGAAAAAUCUAGAUCCUUUCGAUGAGUAUUCUGAUGAGGAGCUGUGGCAGGUGUUAGAGAAAGUGGAAUUAAGAAAUGCUGUGGAUGAACUUCCGUCAGGUUUGGAAAGUAAAAUAGCAGAAGGUGGAAUCAACUUUAGCUUAGGUCAGAGACAAUUACUAUGCCUAGCCAGAGCUAUUAUAAGAAACAAUAAGAUAUUAGUUUUAGACGAAGCAACCGCAAAUGUAGAUCCAAUGACAGAUGAGAUUAUUCAAAGUACGAUUAAAGAGAAAUUUGAAAAUUGUACUGUUCUCACCAUUGCUCAUAGACUACAUACUAUUAUGGACUCUGAUAAAAUUUUAGUAAUGGAAGGUGGUGAAGCAGUAGAAUUUGGACAUCCAUAUUCAUUAUUAUUAAAAAAAGGAACGUUUUAUGAUUUAGUUAGAGAAACUGGUAGUACGACAGCUCUAAAUUUAGAAGCUAUAGCUAGAGAAAGCUUUUCUAAAAAUAAUAACUGA